UUCUUACCAAAACGUAUAAUUAACAUUAAUAAAUGACUAAACAAAUGUGAAAUUAAAUAUCUAAAAUUUUCAAAUUUAAUUAUAUAAUGAUUAGAUAAAUAUGUCUAAUUUAAUUUAGUAAUUAAUAUAAUAAAAUUUCUUACUUUAUAAUUGCCCAUUAUUUUGUUUUGACAAUAUAAAAUAAAUAUAUCUAUAUAUUGGAAAUUAUCCAUUUAAUUAAGAUGUAUAUAUACCUUAUUAAAGCUUUACCAAAGAUAAUACAGUAUAAAUCUUAUAUUAAAAAGUGGAACAAGAUUAAAAUUAAGAAUCUGAAAGUUAUCAAUAAAAUGUCAAAAUACAAUUAAAGAAAAUUGUUAAAAAGAAAAAUGAAAAUAUUGUUAGAAGUCUAACUAGAACCAAAGAAAGACUAAUCGGAGAAGCUUUUGAAAAAGUAUAAUUAUGGAGAUAAAUUCAUGAAAGAGGAUAAAUUAAUACUAAAGGCUAAUAAGUAAAAACUAACCUGGAUUAUGUCGCUGGUUUAGUUGGUGUUUCAAGAAAAACUUUAGACGAUUAUUAUUUAUAAUUUAGAAAAGCUUAAUAUUUGAACUUUGAUUUCGAAAAAUAUAAAAAUUAAAAAAUGGGAUUCUUAAGAAAAUUUAUUAAAGAUAAU